UACAACACAACAACACUGUAUUUGAGUUUGAUUUUUACAUUCUACCUUUGACUGAUUCUACUAAGUAGAAAAGUUGACAUUAAAGAUUUGUAUUAUUGUGAAACCUAAACUAAUGUUUAUAAACAUGUUUUCUCUCUCGAAAUUAGUCGUUCCCGCUGCGAGGUAUGCUGUAGUACGUCCCAGCAUUGCAAAUGUAAUGCCUCCAAGCAUUACCAAUUUGAGGCCUCAAAGCAUUGCCAAUGCAAGGCAUCUAAGCAUUGUUAAUGUUAAGCCUAUUAGCAUUGCCAUUACUGAAGUAGAUCGGAUGAUGAGUCGACCCUCGCCAACACUACCCGUCAGUCUAUUGCCCUCGAAGAGACAGUUCCAAACCUCAUCCACCAUCAGAGACAUCGACUCGGCAGCCAAGUUCAUCGGUGCUGGAACUGCGACCAUCGGAGUAGCUGGUUCAGGAAUGGGAAUUGGAGUUGUCUUCGGUGCACUUAUCAUCGGCUACUCUCGCAACCCUACCCUCAAGGCCCAAUUGUUUUCCUAUGCAAUCCUUGGGUUUGCUCUCUCAGAAGCCAUGGGACUGUUCUGCUUGAUGAUAGCAUUCCUACUUUUGUUUGCCUUUUAAAGACAGAAUUGUAACACCUUUUAACUGUAUCUCUAUGAAAUAAGAGUAGCAUUGUCAAAAAUAAAGUUCUAACAUUUUAUUAUUUUA